AUGGCUCCAAGAUUGGAUUUUUCCAAUUUCUGGGCAAAAGACACCAAUAAGGGAACACCAGUGGUUGUGACAAUGGAGAACCCCAAUUUCUCUGUUGUGGAGAUUGAUGGUCCUGAUGCUGCAUUCAGGCCUGUUGAUAAGAGCAGGGGAAAAAAUGCCAAGCAAGUCACAUGGGUCCUGCUUCUUAAGGUUCAUCGUGCUGUCAGUUGCAUUUCUUGGCUUGCCACAAUCUUCUGGGCAUUGCUUGGUACUAUUAAGAAGAGGUUAAUCUAUAGGGAAGGUGUAGCUAUGGAGAGUGGGAAGUUGGGAAAGCAGAAGUUACUUUUUACAGUCAUAAGAGUCUUCUUAGUGACUUCCCUUGCAAUUCUGGCUUUUGAGGUUGUUGCAUAUUUCAAAGGUUGGCAUUAUUUUAGGAACCCAAAUUUGCACAUCCCUGGAACUUCUGAUAUACAAAGCUUGCUCCACAUGGUUUAUGUUGCCUGGUUAACGUUUCGGGCUGAUUACAUUGCACCUGCAAUUCAAGCACUUUCUAAAUUUUGUGUCGUCCUUUUCCUUAUCCAAUCCAUAGACCGUAUGAUACUUAGCGUUGGCUGCUUGUGGAUAAAGUUCAAGAAAAUUAAGCCCAGGAUAGAUUGGGAUUCUUUGAAGUCAGACGACGUUGAGAAAUCUGGAUAUGAGUACCCCAUGGUUCUUAUUCAAAUUCCAAUGUGCAAUGAGAAAGAGGUAUAUGAGCAGUCUAUCUCUGCAGUCUGCCAGAUUGAUUGGCCAAAGGAACGUCUUUUGAUUCAAGUUCUUGAUGAUUCUGAUGAUGAGAGCAUCCAGUGGUUAAUAAAGACAGAGGUUGCUAAUUGGAGCCAAAGGGGUAUCAACAUAAUCUAUCAGCAUCGCGUGGUUAGAACUGGUUACAAAGCUGGAAAUCUCAAGUCUGCAAUGAGCUGUGAUUAUGUGAAGGACUAUGAAUUUGUUGCAAUCUUUGAUGCAGAUUUCCAACCUAAUCCAGAUUUUCUUAAGCAAACAGUGCCACAUUUCAAGGACAACCCUGAACUGGGUUUAGUUCAGGCUAGAUGGGCCUUUGUGAACAAGGAUGAGAACUUGUUGACUCGUCUCCAAAAUGUUAAUUUGUGCUUCCACUUUGAGGUGGAACAACAGGUUAAUGGGGUGUUUCUUAAUUUCUUUGGUUUCAAUGGCACUGCUGGUGUUUGGAGAAUUAAAGCCCUUGAGGAGUCUGGAGGAUGGCUAGAAAGGACUACUGUAGAGGAUAUGGACAUAGCUGUCCGGGCCCAUCUCAAUGGUUGGAAAUUCAUCUACCUUAACGAUGUUAAGGUACUAUGUGAAGUGCCCGAAUCCUAUGAAGCUUAUAGGAAGCAGCAGCAUCGUUGGCAUUCUGGUCCUAUGCAGCUAUUUAGAUUGUGCCUUCCAGCUAUUAUAACUUCUAAGAUAACAGCUUGGAAGAAAGCAAACUUGAUACUUUUGUUCUUUCUAUUGAGGAAACUCAUCCUUCCAUUCUAUUCCUUCACCUUGUUCUGCAUAAUUCUUCCACUGACCAUGUUUGUCCCGGAGGCAGAGCUUCCUGCAUGGGUCAUCUGUUACGUGCCUGUUUUCAUGUCAUUUCUCAACAUUCUUCCAUCCCCCAAAUCAUUCCCUUUCAUUGUUCCUUACCUGCUUUUUGAGAACACUAUGUCGGUAACAAAAUUCAACGCAAUGGUCUCUGGAUUGUUCCAGUUGGGUAGCUCUUAUGAGUGGGUUAUCACCAAGAAGACUGGCAGGUCAUCAGAAUCUGACUUACUGGCAGCCGCUGAAAGGGAAUCAAAGAUGGUAAACCAAUUGCAGGUCCACAGAGGAGCUUCUGAGAGUGAGCUUUCUGAGUUGAACCGAAUUAUGGAGCAGAAAGAAGUAGCUCCUAAGCCGAUUAAGAAGGCUAACAAGAUAUAUAGGAAAGAGCUUGCUCUAGCAUUCCUCCUGCUCACAGCUUCUGUCAGGAGUCUGUUAUCUGCUCAAGGAGUACACUUCUACUUCCUGCUCUUCCAAGGUGUGACCUUCCUUCUUGUAGGACUUGAUCUCAUUGGGGAGCAAAUGAGCUGA